AUGCCAGAUAUCCGGUCCUUCUUUGCCCCCAAAGGUGAUGCAGCUCCCAAGCUUGCACUGUCUAAGAGUGAAGCUGCUCCCAAAUCAAAACGAACGAAAAAUCGAAAAGUUGUCGAGGACAGCGAUGACGAUGAAGUUGUGAAAACUGAACCGGCCGUAAAGGCUGCUCCCAGGAAAAAGAAGCCUGAUUUCGAACCCCGAGGAGUCGCUAUUUCCGCAGACGAUUACUUUGCUUCAUCCAACAAGCGGGCGAACUCCAAGCAGUCGACACCAAAGAAGGCAAGCUCUAAGGCGCCGUUGAAAGAAGAAGUGCCAGUCAGGGCAAGCCCUCGAAAUAGAAAACCAGCGGUCAAGCUAGAAGUAGCUCUCCUAAAUGGGACACCACCAAAGAAGAAGCCCACGACAUCUCACCAGAAGCACCAUGCUGACGAUGACAACGACGCAUACAUGGAUGAUGGGGAUGAUGACGGGGAUGAUAUAUUUGCCGCUGAUGCAAAAGGACGAAACAAACGCAAGAAUGAUGACUACGCUGAAGAGGAGUCUGAAGAAGAGGUACUGCCACAACCAAAACGUGUUGCCGGUCGUGGACAGAUCGCAACAGUCAAAACCACAGGAGCCAGGAACCGGAAUGCAUCCACGGCUAGCAGGAAGCGAAAAUCCCCGGAACAGGAAUCGGACGAGGAGGACGAGGAGUUGCCUCGAAAGAAACCAACCGCGACGAAACCUCGCGCGCCUCGAACCAAGAAGGCAGAUGAACCCGAAGAAGCGGAGAUUCAAGAUAUACUUGACAGCGUAGCCACUGUCAGACCGCCAACGCCACCCCCAAAAGACCCCAACGCCAAGUUUGACUGGAGGAAAGCCGCUGCUGGGGGAGGCAAUGCCUCAAUCCAACCCGUGGCGUCGGCCGACCUGCCAGAAGGCCAGGAAGAGUGUCUGUCUGGUUUAUCAUUUGUCUUCACCGGUGUCUUGCAGACGAUCGGGCGGGAUGAAGCCCAAGCGCUCGUCAAGCGCUAUGGCGGUAAAGUGACUGGUCAGCCAAGCAGCAAGACGAGUUUCGUUGUCCUCGGCGAGGACGCCGGGCCCAGCAAGCUGGCCAAGAUUAAGUCUCAUGGGAUCAAGACGAUUGACGAGAAUGGCCUGUUUGAUCUUAUCCGCAAACUACCUGCGUAUGGUGGCUCUGGUAAGGGGGCACAGAAAGCGCAGGAGAAGAAAAAAGCCGAUGAGGAAAAAGUCAAGCAGCAGAUUGCGGAAAUGGAAGCAGAAGAGAAGAAACAAAAAGCAGAAGCUGCCAAGACAGCUCAAAAUGCGGCAAGCGCUCGCGGCACCGGCCCUUCGCCUCAGCCUGCGCCAGCUCAGGCCGCCCAGCUUCUUACGUCAAAAUAUGCGCCCACGCAACUGAGUCACAUUUGCGGCAACAAGACUCAGGUGGAAAGGAUUCAAAGCUGGCUUCGAAAUUGGCCCAAGUUCAAAAAAUACAACUUUCAGCGACGCGGCGCAGAUGGUCUCGGCGGAGAACGCGCCAUCAUCAUUUCUGGCCCGCCAGGGAUCGGCAAAACUACCGCUGCCAAUCUUGCUGCCAAGCUGGAGGGCUAUGAUGUCUUGGAGAGCAAUGCGAGUGACGUGAGAAGCAAGAAACUGGUCGAAAACGGCGUGGGCGAUGUCAUGAACAACACGUCGUUGCUGGGAUACUUUGCUGGCGAUGGCAAGUCGAUAGAUGGGUCGAAAAAAAAAAUUGUGCUUGUCAUGGACGAAGUGGAUGGUAUGUCGGCUGGUGACCGCGGUGGUGUUGGUGCUCUGGCCAAGUUUUGCAAAAAGACGGAGGUUCCAUUGAUUCUGAUUUGCAAUGAGCGUCGGCUCCCCAAGAUGAAGCCCUUUGACCACGUUGCCUAUGACAUCAGAUUCAACAGACCGACGGUUGACCAAGUGCGGUCGAGAAUCAUGACCAUCUGCCACCGUGAAGGCCUCAAGCUCCCUCCACCGGUGGUCGAUGCCUUGAUCGAAGGCAGCAACAAGGAUAUUCGACAAAUCAUCAACAUGAUUUCCACCGCCAAACUCGACCAAACGACCAUGAAUUACGACCAAGGGAAGGCCAUGACCAAGGCUUGGGAGAAGCAUGUGGUCCUGAAACCUUGGGAUAUCUGCCAAAAGAUGCUCGGAAGCGGUCUCUUUGCGCCCGCGAGCAAGGCAACGCUCAACGACAAGAUUGAGCUGUACUUUAACGAUCACGAGUUCAGUUUCCUCAUGAUUCAAGAAAAUUAUCUGCGGACCAAGCCCAUGGCACUGAACGGCAAAGGAUAUACCAAGCGUGAAGAACAGCUGAAAGCUCUUGAGCUGUUUGACCAGGCAGCUGAGAGUAUCAGCGACGGUGACAUGGUUGAUCGCAUGAUUCACGGCCCUCAGCAGCACUGGAGCCUGAUGCCUACCCAUGCGAUAUUCAGCACCGUCCGACCGGCAAGCUUCGUUUCUGGUCAGCUACUGGGAUCCACCUUCACGUCCUGGUUGGGCAACUUCAGCAAGCAGGGCAAGCUGGGCAGAUAUGUCCGCGAGAUUCACUCGCACAUGCGACUCAAGUGUUCGGGCGAUCAUAACGAGAUCCGACAGCAGUAUCUGCCUGUGCUCUGGAAACAGCUCGUGAAACGCUUGGAAAAUGAAGGCGGCGAGGCGGUCCCCGAGGUCAUUGAUCUCAUGGACAGCUAUUUCCUCACGAGAGAAGACUUUGAUGCCAUUCAGGAGCUUGGAGUGGGACCAAUGACAGAGGAGAAGGUUUCUAUUGAGUCCAGGACAAAGGCUGCCUUCACGAGAACAUACAAUUCAAUGAACCACCCCGUCCCGUUUAUGAAAGCGAGCAAUGUCAUUGCACCCAAGAAGCAAACGAAGGAAGCGCCCGACUUGGAAGAAGCUAUUGAGGACGAAGACGAUGGACAGGCAGCUGAAGCUCCAGACAUGGAUGAAGAUGACACUGAUCUCAAGAAAGACAAGUAUAUCAAGCAGCCCAAGAAGAAACCGUCCAAGAAGGCUGCCAAGACCGCCGCAGAUGAGGAUGGUGGCGACAAACCUAAGGGCAAGGGUAAAACUAAAGGGAAGGCCAAGAAGUAG